AUGAACUCGCUCCGCUUCGCACGUGCGGCUCUUCGGGCGCGCCCUGCCCUCCUGCGCGCUCCGAUCCAGCGCAGAGGCUAUGCUGAGGCCGUCUCCGACAAGAUCAAGCUGAGCUUGUCGCUCCCGCACCAGGCCAUCUACACCUCUCAGGACGUCGUCCAGGUCAACAUCCCCGCCGAGUCGGGUGAAAUGGGUGUUCUCGCCAACCACGUGCCCUCCAUUGAGCAGCUCAAGCCCGGCGUUGUCGAGGUCAUUGAGGAGAGCGGCACCACCAAGAAAUUCUUCCUGUCUGGGGGUUUCGCCAUUGUCCAACCCAAGUCUCGCCUGAGCAUCAACGCUGUUGAGGGCUACCCCCUGGAGGACUUUAGCGCCGAAGCCGUGCGCGCCCAGAUCGCCGAGGCCCAGAAGGUUGCUAGCGGCAACGGCACCGAGCAGGAGAUCGCGGAGGCCAAAAUUGAGCUGGAGGUUCUCGAGAGCCUCCAGGCCCAUCUCAAAUAG